UCGCGAGAGGACGUUAAAGGACUUCCUUAUCCUAUCCAGGAGGGGCGGGAAGACGAAAAGGUGGUGGUGAGGCUGGGUCUUUCUGGGGGCGAUGCCAUCCGCAUUCUCAGUCAGCAGGUUUCCCGUCAGCAUCCCCGCCGUGAUCACGCCUGGUGGGCGCUCUGGGCAUGCUCAGAGAAGACUGCAUGUGAAGCCUGGCCCCAGUGCGAGUGGACCCUGACGAAUUUCUGCUGUGUGUCCACCAGCAGACGGACUGGACGGAGCCCUGGCUCAUGGGGCUGGCUGUCUUCCACGUGCUCUGCCUGCUGCUCACCUGCUUCUCAUCCCAGAGGUACAGGCUGCAGGUGGGGCACUUCCUGUGCCUGGUCACCUUGGUCUACUGUGCUGAGUACAUCAAUGAAGUGGCGGCGAUGAACUGGAGAUUGUUCUCCAAACACCAGUAUUUCGACUCGAGGGGCAUGUUCAUCUCCCUCGUGUUCUCCGCGCCGCUGCUGCUCAACGCCCUGGUCAUCGUGGUCCUGUGGGUGCGCAAGACCCUGGCGGUGAUGACCGACCUGCGGAGCUUACGGGAGCAGAGGAGGGCGCGGGCGCGGGCGCGGGUGAGGCCCAAGGAGGAGUGAUCACUCCGCUCCGGCUCCGAUCAGCCUGCUGUCUGCACAGGCGUCUUCUCAGCCCCUGGAACACACACACACUGUUGGAACGGAUGCAGCCUCCUGCUCCCUGGGCGCACGCCGGGCCCGAGGGGGCCCCCAUCUCUCCAGUUAAACUGGGCAGACAGCAGCGCAGGGCUCUCCCGAGGCUGCGUGUCCACAGCCCCACCCCGCUCCAUGCCUGGUGUGAGCUAUCAGAUGCCCCGUCCGCCUGGAGACAGCGCCUGAGUGAGGGGCGGUGCCGCCCACGCCUGGGCAGACCCACCACCCCAGCCACCCUGGUCUGUCUGCUCCGUGGCGACCUCUCCGGGUGGUGUGGCCACUGGACAGAACACGAGGGGCCACCUUCUUUCUGUCCAGUUAGAGACGUCGGGGUCCAUGGAGGCGGCGGUUGGAUGAGCCCCUGGUGUUGUUUUCAGGAAGGAAAGUCACAAGUAAAAAGUUUCUAUGGCAAAUACAAAAACUGACUGUA